GGCCCUUGUCACGCAACCUGCUCCUCCUCGGGGGCCGGGAAGGGGAGCGGGCGGCCCAGCGUGCCCUGGCUCCGCUCCGCGGGGCCCUGCUCCCGGCCCUGCCUGCUUAGCCUGAAGGAGACUUUUCCUCUCGCCGGGCUCCCAGCUCAUCCCCUCGGUCCUGCGGCAGCCCCACCGCCCGGUCCUGGUCCCUUCUCCGAGAGGGAAAGGCGGGAGGGUCCGGGCUCCCCAGGCUUCCCUGCGUAGGUCUGGUCUCCGGAGGUGUCAGUCAAACAGGGCAACCGAGUGCUGGGCAGAGACCCCAUCGCUGCAAGAUAAACCCCCUCGGGCUGGGGAGGAGAGGCAGCCAGCGUGGCCCAUUUCAGGGGAAGCCGGUGUGUCUCCCAUGCCAAUUCCAGAGGUGAAGUGGAAAGGUGGGGCUGGCGGUGGGGCUGGCGGGCACCCCCCUCGCUGCAGGCUGCAGCUGGCAGCGCCCGCUGCUCGGCUGGGAGCAGCCACGCCGAGAUGCUGCAGAGGUUGGCGUGGGCUUUGGUACGGGCAGCAUUUCUCUCAGUGACUCGGACACACCUGUGUCACCAAGCAUGCGGUGCUGCAAGGGCUUGACUGAGUGCAGGAGGGUUUGUGCAGGGUGGUUUGUGCUGUAGAGGUUAACUCAAUAAGGCCGUGCACUCGAAGAGCUGGCUCUCCUGAUUGCACAAGGGCAGGAGGUGGGGUGGUCUCAUCUGCUUAGUGUUUUGGAUGCCACGUGCCAGGAAGGAGCCACUGCUUGAGAGAAGGCUCAAGGUUUUGGAGAGCCUGACCUGUAAGGGGCAGCCAGAGGACCUGGUUUCCUUUCUAGACAUGAGAAAGGAAAGCUUUCACAUCUGUUAGUACUUGCAUGUAUCUCUCAGGUCUGUCUUGGCACUAGGUUCGUUCAGCCUUUACUACUUUCCUUCCCAUAGAUAAAAAGUAAGGGAGCCUGAGUGGAGAUACUGGGGAAGAAGCUCUUCAACAGCAGGUUUAGUGGCAUGGGGACAGGUUGUGUGAGAAGCUGGCUGAGCCUCCAGGGCAAAGGGGGAAGAUGUCAGAGCAAGUGUUGCAGCUUAUCUUGACCUGGAUCUUAAGACACUGGAGCGCUCCGGGUGGUGCCGCUGAUUCGGGUCGCAGCAAAUGGGCCUCUUCCCUGUGCCGUGCCACAGCUGGCAUGGUGGCUUGCCUGGUGAAUCAUGAGUGAAUGCCAUCGAGAGCUGAGCUUUUUGCAGACACUGUAGCAUUAGCCCCACGUCUUGGCCAAGCUCCAGCUUGGGCAAUUCCACUCGGACACUGGGCUGCUGAGCUGCCAUGGGGAACACCACCAGCGAGCGAGUGUCUGGGGAGCGCCAUGGCUCCAAGUCCCACCGCUCAGAUGGCUCCGGUGCCCCCCACCCCACCAAGGAGCACCCACACAAGAUCAUGGUGGGCAGCACCGACGACCCCAGUGUUUUCAGCUCCCACGACUCUAAGAUUCCUGGGGAGAAGGAGUUUGUGUCAUGGCAGCCAGAUCUGGAGGAGUCAGUGAAACCUUCCCAACAGGCUCGUCCCACUGUCAUCCGCUGGGCUGAUGGAGGCAAAGAGGUCUUCAUCUCUGGAUCUUUCAACAACUGGAGCACCAAGAUCCCACUGAUCAAGAGCCACAACGACUUUGUUGCUAUCCUGGACCUCCCAGAAGGAGAGCACCAGUACAAGUUUUUUGUGGAUGGCCAGUGGGUCCAUGACCCGUCUGAGCCUGUGGUCACCAGCCAGAUGGGGACGAUUAACAACCUGAUUCACGUCAAGAAGUCUGACUUUGAGGUGUUCGAUGCGUUGAAGGUGGAUUCCCUGGAGAGCUCAGAAACCUCAGGUCGGGACUUAUCAAGCUCACCACCUGGUCCUUAUGGCCAAGAGAUGUACGUAUACCGGCCCGAGGAGCGCUUCAAAUCCCCACCCAUCCUCCCGCCUCACCUCCUCCAGGUCAUCCUCAACAAGGACACCAAUAUCUCGUGUGACCCAGCACUGCUGCCCGAGCCCAACCAUGUCAUGCUCAAUCACCUCUACGCGCUCUCCAUCAAGGAUGGCGUGAUGGUGCUCAGUGCCACGCACCGCUACAAGAAGAAGUACGUCACCACGCUGCUCUACAAGCCCAUCUGAGCCGGGGCCUCGCCCACCCCCCACGCAGGACACCGAGCGCCGCUUUGUCUGCACACACUGGGCCACAGGACUGGGCGAGAACUGGCCCCUGGCUCCUACCUGGCAGGGACACAGGCCCCGUCGAUGAGCCCAGGGCCACUGGGGCCUGUGACACUGUCCAUCCUACUGGUGUGGUUUGAUUUAACCCUUGGUUUCCACCCACCUACAGCUCCCCCUUGGCUUCUCUAAGUCUCUGAGGGCACUUUUGCUGCUCACCAGAACAGCCUUUCCUCGUGCCCAACAUGGAAAGGACUUCGCUGUACCUGUCUUCUUCAUCCUGCAAGGGCCCUGAAGUGGUCCUGGCACUGUCCCCAGGAACACGUCCUACCUUCUGAAGGUUGCUCUGCUGUCCUGGUGAUGAGCCUUCAAGGCCACCUUGAUCCCAUGAGGCUCUGGGACACCUCAGCCGGCCACCUGCUCCCUGUCCUGCAGCCCUGGCUGUGGGGCUGCCCCCCUCCUUGUGCUCCCCAGCUUCGAGGUGGGCUCUCAGCUCUAGCUGAGAACCUCUGCCAGGUUCAGCGUCGAGCCAGCAAGAUGGAGGAGAGUACAGCUGGAUGCAGCCACGCUUACCUGCCGCCAGGACAACACCAUCACGGACUGACCACCUGCCCCGUCCCCAGCAUGAGUCCUCAGCAUGGAGUGCUGCUGUGGGGCAGGGCUGACUGUCCCAGCCUGAGGGACACCUGCACACUCCCACACUGGAGGGGCCUGGGGAGAGUGGUGCAGGACAGGUACCCCAGGACCCCCGCUACACUGCCUGCUGCAGAGCAGUGCCACCUGACAGGGUUUUCUCUAUUUAUUACAGUAUUUAUUGUUCUCGGU